CAGGACUUCACACUGGUCAGCUCUGGAGCCUUCUAUAUACCGCUUCUUACUUCCAAGUUUGACAUUACCCCAUCAUCCUGGCAUGUAUGGUGUCAGACAGCAGACCAGCACAAAAGCAAUUCUCCCAACCUAGCGUUGACUGCGGAUCUUCCAGAAAGCUGUUGGAGACUACCCCAAUUGAGGGGUCAUCUAGGAAUUGGGUUUAAGAGCCCUGUGAUCAUUACUCAUGUUUCAAUCGAACAUCUUACUCAGUCUAGCAGUUCCCUGCUGGAUGCACCCCGGGACAUUGUUAUUUGGGGCUUCAUUGAACACGCUGAGAAUCUUCAGCGUUACAGACCUGUUAAUCUAGGUGUGGACGACGGACCUCCCCACGAGGUCAUUGAAGCAUCCCGAAGGCAGAAUCCCAGUGGCUCUUUCAUCAAGCUUGUGCAUGUGGAAUACAGCCCCUUUGAUCACGAGUCACCGGUUCAAACAUUUCCUGUCUACCAGGACAUUAUUCGGUCGGGUUUUGAUUUUGGACUGAUUAUUGUCGAGAUACGGGGAAUUGGGGUGCAGACUUGCUUAUACAGAGUGCGGGUUCACGGA